AUGCCGCAACGCAAUUUCUGCAACACUUCUGCGCAAGCAAAUCCAAAUUACUACGGUCCUCCAGGGGGUGCUCCUCCGGGUGCAUAUCCCGGUCAGGCUCCACCGGGUCAGUACCCUCCAAGCGGCCCAGGAGGCCCAGGAGGUCCCCCUCCUCCUCAAGGUGGCCAAAAGGCAGGUGCUCCAGGUGCCUACCAGGCUCCACAAUAUCAGGCUUACUCUGGCGGAUCUGGGAGUAAACCACCUGGCGGCCCCGGCGGCCCCGCUCCAUAUGGCCAAACUCCAAUGUCGCCCUCUUCUUAUGGCUACAACCAGCCGCCGCCACCAUAUCCAGGGGCUCCAGCGAUACCGCCUAGACCUGGUGCCAUGCCCGGUGGAAUGCAUAACCCCUCUCCAUAUGGUGGCGGAUACCAAAGUACUCCGCCGCCUCAGCAGCAAUACAACCCCUAUGGAGGUCCUUCACCUAACCCUCCUUAUCAGGGCUCACCGUUCGGCCAGUCAAAUCCGUAUGCACCGGUACAGCAGUAUGGCCAGCCGCAGCAACAGAUACCCCCGUACAAUAACCCGUACGGUGGCCCCUCACAACAAACAUACGGACAGCCUCAUACACCGCAACCGAGUUAUUACGCACCCCAGGGUCAACAACCGAUGGGCGGCCCGGCUGGAGGUCCCGGCCAGGUGAACCCACAACAAUACAUGCAAGUUUUGCAACAAACCGUUGUCGAUAACAAGAUCCAAAGCUUUUUCCCACCACAAAGACUAGAACAGAUCUCUCGAACUAUCUCCAACCAGAUCGACCGACUUCGUCAAGGAUGGAAUCUCCCUCUUGAGGUCGCCGUUGACUUCGUCAAGUUGGCUUUGUUCGAUAUCAUCAUCUAUAUCGAUGAUAGCGGUUCUAUGGCCUUUGAGGAAGGCGGAGAACGUAUCAAAGACCUCAAACUCAUACUUGAGCGAGUUGCCUUUGCUGCUACUCUGUUCGACCACGAUGGUAUUAGCUUGCGCUUCAUGAACAACGACCUUGCCCGAAACAAUAUCACCCAGCCCCAAGAAAUUGAGCAGAUCAUCAGCCAAGUCCAAUUCAAGGGUCUCACCCCAAUGGGAACCUCGCUAAAGUCUAAGGUUUUGGAUCCUUUGGUCCUUGCCCCUGCCCGCUCGAAUGGUCUGCAAAAACCGAUCCUCGUCAUUACUAUCACUGAUGGACAACCUGCUGGUGAGCCUGAGAGUGCAGUUCAAGAUGCUGUUAAGAGCACCUCGGAUGAGCUUGCUCGAACUCAGUAUGGCGCCGGGGCUGUCUCCUUCCAAUUUGCGCAGGUCGGAAACGAUCUUCGUGCUCGUGAGUUCUUGGGCAGACUAGAUAGGGACCCCAGAAUUGGUCAUUUGAUUGAUUGCACAUCCAACUAUGAGGUUGAGGCCGACGAGAUGUCGAAAUCUAGCCCACCUGUUAAUCUCACCGUGGAGCUUUGGUUGACAAAACUUCUCCUUGGAGCCGUUGAUCCAUCGUACGACCGCAAAGAUGAAGCCGGCCAUGCCCCCCCACCACAACAGGGCGGAUAUGGUGGACCACAAGGCUACGGCGCCCCACCACCACAGCAAUACGGAGCGCCACAGGGUCAGUAUGGUGGACCACAAGGCCAAUAUGGCGCUCCUCCACCAGGCCAAUAUGGCGCCCCACCACCAGGACAAUACGGAGGCCAACAGCAACAAUACGGUGCGCCACAGGGACAAUACGGAGCACCUCCACCAGGCCAAUAUGGAGCCCCACCACCAGGACAAUAUGGUGGCGGGUACCCUGGUGGAAAGCCCCCGAAGUACUAA